CCCCCAAAUUUCAGACAACCAUUCAAAAAUAAACACCCAAAAAACAUGAACCAAUCAAAAAUCUCAGAACCCCCAAAACCUCCGAAUGAUUCAAUUCUUCGUCUUCUCUCUCAUCAAUCCAAAUCUCUGAAACUCCCAUGGAAACCAUACUCUCUCCUCACUCCUUCUGCCCUCUGCUCAAGGCUCGCCCUACCCCCCUGCUCCAUCCCAAAUCACUCAAACCCAUCUGCUGCAAUCUCACCAAACACCCCUCUCAAUCGAUCAAGACCUCGUCUCUCGACAAGCCCGCAGCUUGGAUUUCUAACGCGCGCCACGGUUUGGCGGCGCUCGCCAUUUCUUUGGCCCUCAAUUUCUCCCUGCCGGCUCUAACCGGCGCCGCACUCGCGUCUGAAUUCGACGUCCUCAACGAUGGCCCUCCCAAGGAAUCGUACGUCGUGGAUGACGCCGGCGUGCUCAGCCGCGUCACGAGGUCCGAUUUGAAGAGGUUGUUGACGGAUUUGGAGUCCAGAAAAGGCUUCCACAUCAAUGUCGUCACUGUGCGCAAGCUCACUAGUAAAGCUGAUGCGUUUGAGUACGCUGACCAAGUGUUGGAGAAAUGGUAUCCGACGGUGGAGGAGGGGAACAACAAAGGCAUAGUAGUGCUCAUCACCAGUCAAAAGGAAGGCGCAGUUACAGGCGGCCCAGAAUUCAUCAAAGCUGUUGGUGAUUCUGUUCUUGAUAGCAUUGUAUCCGAGAAUCUUCCAAUCCUAGCAACAGAUGAGAAGUAUAAUGAGGCGGUUUAUAGUUCUGCCUCGCGUUUAGUGGCUGCCAUAGACGGCCUUCCUGACCCCGGUGGUCCAGCGACUAAAGACUACAAACGGGAAUCUAACUUCAAGACGAAGGAGGAAACGGAUGAGAAACGCGGCCAAUUCACCCUUGUAGUUGGAGGUUUACUAGUAAUUGCUUUUGUUGUUCCUAUGGCGCAAUACUAUGCAUAUGUGUCUAAGAAAUGAAUCCAUAUUUUCCUGAUUGGAUUUCUAGAGUUGAGUGAAUGUAUAAAUGAUGUACACAUGUUUAUAUGGAGUAGUUGAUAUCCUCAUUGAUCCUAUAUAAAUGAAAUUUGUUGCA